UUUUGUCAGCGAAAUGUUACGUUUUGCAAAUAAUAAUUCAGAAAAAUUUUUUAUGAUUGAAUUUUCAAGUUUGGGAUUUAUUGGUAGAAUGUUUCAUAAUAAUUAUGAUUUGUUACAAAUGGCUCAUUUUAUUUUAUUAUUGCAUACUUCAUUACCUGUUGAUUGGAUUUUACAAAAUGUAAUUAGCUCAAAAUUUUGUCCGAUAGAUGAGGGAUGGCCAAAUUGUUAUAGAAAGAUUGAACAAUAUUGUACUUUUCUCUCAUAAACCACCAUUAUUUCAACAUAUAGGAAUACAAUCAUCGCUUACUGGCAAAAUUCAAAAAUUAACAGAAAAGGAUUUUAAACCUCAAAUUCAAUUUCCCUUAAUUAAAAGUCAAAAUUACAAAGCUACAAAAUUUUAUCCAAAAAAUUUAUUUAAA